AUGCCAGAGUUUAUAUAUUGCCUGCGAGCCGUUCUCGGUGACGAGCUCAUGCAACAGUCACUACUUCCAGGUCAAUCGCUGGGUACGGUCAACAGACCCAGAACGGGGUUCGGGAGCAACGAGGAAUCCGAUAAUAAUCGUACCGAAGAUCACAACAACCACAACCCUCGAGCCGGAGACAUCGAGUCAGAACGUCAUGUUGCAAGUAGAGCGAACGAGACUGACGGGACCGGAGGUUUCAAUCCCCUUGGCAAGCCGGGCUUCGACGAUGUCGCAAACACCCUACGUGCGCUUGGGGAGAUCGAAUCCGCCAACCACGCGCCCCACGAGGUCGAGCUCAAAUUUCGGAGUAAGAAUGAGGAAGGCAUCCGUGAAGUGUUCGCCCUUUCAUCCCGGACGGAUGGACGGAUGAUCCUGAAGGCGCUGCUUGGCUGGGAAUUUGACGCAGAAGAGCUGCUCCAGCGAAGAAUCCGGGGAGGCGCGGAUCAGCAGGCCAUGCUAAACGAAGUCAAAAGGCGGGUGUUUUCAAGCUCUACAACGAAUAACCACAAGCCUACAUCCAGCGACAACGCGGUGAGUGACCUGGCUAUGAAAACGGACAUGGAGGCAAGAUGA